CUACAAGGUCAUGGGGGAAAUGGUUUCUUGAAAUUCCAAGAUUCUGAAGAAAUUACCAACAUAGAACUUGCAGAUGCUUUUGAACAAAUGUGGCAGAAAAGACGCUAUAAUGAGCUACUGUUUAUUAUUGAUACUUGCCAAGGAGCAUCCAUGUAUGAGCGGUUUUAUUCUCCUAACAUAAUGGCUCUAGCUAGCAGCCAAGUGGGAGAAGAUUCACUGUCGCAUCAACCUGAUCCUGCAAUUGGAGUCCAUCUUAUGGAUAGGUACACAUUUUAUGUCUUGGAAUUUCUAGAAGAAAUUAAUCCAGCUAGCCAAACUAAUAUGAAUGACCUUUUUCAGGUAUGUCCCAAAAGUCUCUGCGUGUCUACUCCCGGACAUCGUAUUGAUCUUUUUCAGAGGGAUCCUAAAAAUGUCCUGAUAACUGAUUUCUUUGGAAGUGUACGGAAAGUGGAAAUUACAACAGAAACUAUUAGUUUGCAGCAGAAUUCAGACAUCAUGGAAAGCAGCUAUAAGGAAGACCAGGUGGAUGAAGAACUAAUGGAACCUCUGAAAUAUGCUGAACAACUUCCUGUGGCUCAGAUAAUACACCAGAAACCAAAGCUGAAAGAUUGGCAUCCUCCUGGGGGCUUCAUCCUGGGAUUGUGGGCACUCAUUAUCAUGGUUUUCUUUAAAACAUAUGGAAUCAAGCAUAUGAAGUUCAUUUUUUAGACUCAAGGAUGAAUGAAGAAGAACAAAUGGAAGAUCGCCACCUUGAAUAAAAAUUUACAUUAUGUGUUUUUUUUAAAUACCUUGCUCUUGUGUAAAUUGGAAAAAUGUGUAAGAAAACUAAAUUUUAAUGAAUUGUUGACUUUAUAA